CUCGACAAGCACCUCAUCUCUGCCCAUGGGAGAACCCGGGGAAAGCGCAUGACAAAGCUCAUGACCAAGGCCAAGAAAGCCGCAAUUAAAGAAAAACUCCGGACCCUCUACCAAACACCACCACCACUGCAAACACCACCACUGCCAGCUCCACCGACACAACCCCCGGGGACUCCGUCGACAAACCCUGCGCCCCAAUCUCCACCUCCACCAGCACUGCCUGCACAAACUGGAGCACUGUCCCCACCACCACCAACCCUGACCUUCAUGGUUAAUGGGUUGCACUCAAUUAAAGACAGGCUGAAAAAGCUCUUGGAGGAGGUUGAGCUUCUACAGACUGUGACACAGCAACUGUGUGCUCUACAUCCGGCGACAGCAUCUGCCUCCACAGCCAGCAGUCCCUGCUCUACUCCUACCUCUCACUUGCAACAACCUGCGGCGAGUACGUCCUCUGCUCCUGAAACCCGCAGGGAGGGUGCCGUGGCUGCUCCGUCCUCUGCUCCUUACACCCGCAGGGAGGGUGCAGUGGCUGCUCCGUCCUCUGCUCUUGACUCCCGCAGGGAGGGUGCAGUGGCUGCUCCGUCCUCUGCUCCUGACACCCGCAGGGAGCACUGGAAAAAAAGGCCACUCCAAAAAUCAGCCAAAAAAAAUUAA